GGAUGACGCAGUCUGUGGAAAUCGCAGGGAAGGAGGGGGGCCCCGUCGGCAUGCGCAGACGGCAGGGAGCAGCUGCAGUGAGAGGAUCACAUCGCGUGGCAUACCACUGCGUCGCGAGCGAGUUGUAUUUUAAAAUUUAGUGCAAAAAUCGAGAAGGACGCGCCUACCAAAGACAGACAAAAUGGUAGACCGCGAGCAGCUGGUGCAGAAAGCCAGGCUGGCUGAGCAGGCUGAACGUUAUGAUGAUAUGGCAGCUGCCAUGAAAUCGGUUACGGAGCUGAAUGAAGCGCUGUCCAACGAGGAGCGGAACCUACUGUCUGUGGCCUAUAAGAACGUGGUUGGGGCCCGCCGCUCAUCGUGGCGUGUCAUUUCCAGCAUUGAGCAGAAGACCUCCGCAGACGGCAAUGAGAAGAAGGUUGAAAUGGUGAGGGCCUACCGCGAGAAGAUCGAGAAGGAGCUUGAGGCUGUGUGUCAGGAUGUUCUCAACCUGCUGGAUAACUUCCUCAUCAAGAAUUGCAGUGACACGCAGCAUGAGAGCAAGGUCUUCUACCUGAAGAUGAAAGGCGACUACUAUCGGUACCUGGCAGAAGUGGCCACGGGUGAGAAGAGGGCCGCUGUGGUGGAGUCCUCUGAAAAGGCCUACAGUGAGGCACAUGAGAUCAGCAAGGAGCACAUGCAGCCCACCCAUCCCAUUCGCCUGGGCCUGGCCCUCAACUACUCAGUUUUUUACUAUGAGAUCCAGAACGCGCCGGAACAGGCAUGCCACCUGGCCAAGACCGCCUUUGAUGACGCCAUAGCUGAGUUAGACACCCUCAAUGAGGAUUCCUACAAGGACUCAACGCUCAUCAUGCAACUGCUCCGAGACAACCUGACGCUGUGGACAAGCGACCAGCAAGAUGACGAGGCAGGGGAAGGCAACAACUAAAUGGAAGUGGCUUAUGCAACGUGAAAAGGGGGCCGGUGGACUUUGGCAGCAGCUUUUGCCAAUGUUCCCACUGCAGCAGCUGUUCUUUAUUUUUCCACAAGUUUAAAGAAUACAAAUAAAAAAGAUGGGGAGGUAAAAUCAGAUAAUAGAAUUAAAUGAGCACCACCUCCUUCUUUAUUGCCUCUUCAACAUUUGCCAAAACCACUUAGAGGACAAGGCCAGUGAGUUGGGAGCAGCUGCUCGUGAGCUGUGCUGCCAGCCUCAUGCUAGCCUAGGGACUGUUUGUGUCAUACAAACAGUGUGGAGCUGCUUGUGUAUUGUUUGGAGUGCAGUAAGACCAUUUUAAUGAGUAGUGCGAGGGACGGAAGCCUAAAUGGGAUAGCCUCCCAAAACAAGUUUCUCAGUGGUUUCAGUUUAGUAGGAUAUAUAUGGUUCCAAUGUGGUACGUCCAGAGAGAAUGCAGCGCUUAAGUCCUCUCAAAGGAAACUUGUAGCAGUCUGAAGUAAACUCAUAAACGGUUCAAACUGGCAUGCAGGGUAUGUACAUGUGGGGAAUGUUAAAUGUGUAAUCAAUCAGAUCAUUCUGGCUCAGUUGCAGUAGUUAACUAUGUGUAUGGAAAGUCCCUUUAAAAAUAUAAAGAAAUUUUUAAAGUAAAUGAGUUGUUUUGUUCAGGAACCAAUAUCAGUAGAAAUCUAAAUUUCUAAGCCCUACAGUCUACUGGAACCCCAAACUUUAUUGAAGUUCAAGGUACAAUAGAAGGCAGAGACAUAAGAGGACUAAGCAGCUUUGAAGUUUGUGACGUACUUUUGUGUUAAUUUUUUUUAAUGAAAUGCACUUGCCUAUUAUACUGUUUCUUCAGUGUAAGACAAUAACUUCUCAGAUAUUCUCAAUGAUUCAAUAUUGUGCAUGCUGGUGAUGUAUUUAUAUACAGUAGCUUGUCUUUAAUAAAUUGUAGAUGUUAUGUAUUCCUAGGAACAAGAAAUAAAUAGGCAUCAGUCUGAACAUUUUAAUUUAUUGCCUUUUGUUGGUUUUUUGUUUAUUUGCUUAUGUAUGCUGUACCAAAAGAGUGAUUGUUAAUAAAUUGAUCUUUUAUGGAUGUUGCUAUUGUAAGAUGUACUUCUUGUUUAAGUAAAUUAGGAAGAAAAAACACCAGUGCUUGGGCGAUCAUAUUGUCUGAUUUCAUGGUGUCACUACAAUAACAACCUGUAAAUGAAAAUUUAUUUUUCAAAACUUUCAGCUCUUUUGUGUCAUGCAGUAACAAAGGUUUGAAUGGUUGUAACAAUUCAGAAUGAAUGCUUCUGUAACUUAAUCAUGUAACUUACUCAUGGACCAUAAUUUCUGAAUAUAUGUUGUAUUGUUUAGUUUUUUUUAAUGUUUGCUGAUUAAAGUUAUAGUGGAAUGGUCACUUACAAGUAGUACAAUAAUUGGACUCAUUAUAACCAUAUUGGGGGGGGGGAAUCAGUGUUGCAAAGUUCUCACUGUGUCUGGUCCCUGCUGUUUUAGUGAGUUUUGUUGCCAAUAUAGGUUUAAAUGAAUAAAUUGAUAUUGGGAAUUAGAAUCAAAAAGCAUUUGUAGAUUUACUUGAAAAGCAAUGGUAGUUUAUUUGUGACUGAAUUCUUUUGAUUUGCUAAAUCUCUUCCUGGUGGUUGUCUUACAUGAACCUAACAAGAGGAAGGAAAAAUACUUUAUAGGUGCCACUGACAUACACAUACUUCUUUUUUUUUUUUUUUUAUGAACUUUGUUUUUCUUUUGUGUGGGACUCCAGUCAUUUUUAUUUCAGGGAAUAAGAUCUUGAAGGCUAUAAUGCUACAGUAUAUUUUGUUCAUGGGUGCAGCUCUAAUUGCGAUUAGCUACUCGUAUUGAGUUGUACUUUUAAAUCUGUUUAUAUUAUUUAUGACAAUACAGUGUCUGUAUGGGGCUAAUGGAUAAUGCUUUCUGUAUGGCAAUAUCAGAGAAAAGAUCUACAAACCUUUAAACAUGGGUGGAAUAAUGCUGUGAUUGAUAGCCUACUCUGUUUUACUCCCAGUAUGAACUCACCACCUAGCUAUUUCCUUUAGGAAGCCUCAUCUUGUGGCAUUUUAGCACUGUGCAAUAUACCUAAUGUCAUGUAAAUGGAAUAUAAUCUGAACACUCCCCCCCCC